GGAGAUGAGGACAAUAUGUUACCGAGUUUUUUUUCUGUUUUAGCAUACUCUGCGCCUAGUGCUAACGAAGAUUACGACCCCGAGUUCGGUGAAGACGAUAAGGACAUGCAAAAUGAUAAUAAUGAUGAUUACGGUGACGAAGAUGAAGGAGAAGAUAGUCCUGAUUUACCAGAACCAACGAUAAACACCGUAGGUCAAGAUUUUAUAGCGCGGGAAAAUGAAACUGUUUAUUUACCGUGUGAUGCCAGCAAUGCAGAUACUCUGGUCACAUUUUGGAGUAAAAAUGGCGAUUAUAUAUUCCAAGACGACAUUCGAUUCAAUAACUUUGGAAAGAAUUAUCAGCUUUUUCCUAACAGAACUCUCGUUAUAAAAAAUGUAGAAGCAAAUUAUACUGGAGAUUACACAUGUUCAGUGGUGAGCAGCGAAACCAGUCAGAUUUCCAUUACCCAUAGGUUAUUUGUCCAAUCGUCCCCUUCCAUCAUAUCGUUGGAAGCAGCGAACAACAAAACAGUGUACGAACAUGGCGAAAGAUUAGUAUUAGUAUGCAAAGCAAGUGGUUAUCCAAAGCCAACGAUUAUUUGGUCAUUUAAAGGACAAGGGAUAGUUGGAGAAGGAGAUUCUAUCACGAUUGAUAAUAUUAGCCACACGGAUGCUGGUUCUUAUCAGUGUUUGGCGGAUAACAAGAUUGGAAUUCCUGCACACAAGGCAAUCCGCAUCAGUGUUGUCC